AUGUACUGUGAAAAAGAUUCACUCCACUCACUCGCAACUGAACUACACGAGCUGACGGCCACUUUGGAAUCUACCCUUGCUCAAAAUGACCAUCCCCGGCCUUCACUGGGGGUGGACGGACCCUCUGACUAUCCAUUCAUGGACUCCGACCACGCAAAUUUUGCGCAGAUGCGGUACGAUAUAGUUGAUAAGGCGCGAAAAGUUGCCUCCCUUGCCCUGGGCCCAAGAGAGUCCAUGUUACAUCUUGCCUUUAGCUUCCAAGAUUAUUUCUGCCUGGCGGUGAUUCAGCGAUAUUCCUUGGCGAAGAUGGUUCCUCUAAAUACGUCAGUAGAAUAUUCCAACAUUGCGGAGGUCGCCUCUUUGUCUGAACGCCAGGUACGAAGCGUGAUGCAACAUGCUAUCGCAAAUGGUAUAUUCUGUGAGCCAGCUGCGGGUUAUGUCACCCACAAUGCGCUGUCAAAACUUUUGUUGGAACCCGGCCUCGAUUCCUUAGUUGGUCACUUCGUUGAUGAAGCAUGGACAGCGCAGCCAAGUAUCCUGGAGGCCUGGAAGCGCUUUCCAAGCGCCAGUGAACCCAGAGAGACGGGAUUCGCGCUUUCGGUUGGAGAUGGAAAGAGCUUAUUUGAUUAUUUUGCUAGUCAUGAGGCUUCUAGAGAUCGCUUCAGUCUCGCCAUGUCAGCUUUGACAACUGGGGGUGGAUUAUCCCCGAACUUCGUUGUAGAGAACUACGAAUGGAGCGAGCUUCCAGAGGGAGCGAUAAUAGUCGAUGUCGGAGGGGCCGAUGGUACCUUGGCUGUGGCAUUGGCCAAUCAGUUCCACCAUUUAAACUUCAUAGUACAAGAUCUGCCCGGAGUUGUGCACACUAAUACAGCGGCGCUCCCAGCAAACUUGCAGAGCCGCGUUACCCUUCAAGACCACGAUUUCUUCGCCCCACAGCGUGUUCAAGCAGACGUCUACAUCCUCCGCCAUAUUCUACACGACUGGCCUGACAAAUAUUGCAUCAUUAUUUUACGUCAUUUGAUCGCUGCAAUGAAGCCUUCGUCAAGAAUAGUUGUUUGCGACACCGUCAUGGUGGAGCCAGCAGAGACCAGUGCGGAGCAGUUUUGGAUGAGAAGUGCUAUGAAUCUUCAAAUGCUGACCAUGUUCAAUGCGAAAGAGCGUACUCUCCAUGAAUGGAAAUCGCUUCUCGAGCAAGCCGACCGCCGACUGCACAUCAAGUCUGUGAUCACCCCGGUAGGUAGCCAAGACAGCAUUCUGGAAAUUGCACUUUUGCAAUAA